CACACUAUAACACGCUUGCAGUGAAUGAAAGAGUCAAAAAACCACGCUGGCCGGCACAAAAGCAGAAAAUUGUUAUUAUUAUUUGUGAAAAAAAAACUACAAAAGUUGGUAAAAACAAAAUGUCUUCAGCCGGACGGAAGCGCAAACAACAACUAAAGCCACGCCAGGAUGAUCACAGAUCGCCACUGAAGCGUAGCAAUGUGACCACGAAAGAGGAGCAAUCUGCAGUAAUUGGAGGUGCCCACUAUCCAGCCCUAGCCGACUAUGGAGUACGCACAGAUAUUAAGCCCGAUUUAACCGAGCUUCAGUUACAACUGGUAGCCAAGCCUAAGCGCGCAGCCACGCCCAAAUUUAACCUCGACUUACAGGAAAGCGAUUCCGAUGAAGAAGGCUACUCGGAGCCAGAUAAUGCCCAAAAGUGUGAUGUGUUUUGUCCAGAUGAGGACGACAUCUAUGAUCCAAAGUGGAACGACCAGCCGGUCCAUCCUCGACUUAUAUUCAAAUUUAAUCUGAACCACACUGGAUUAAAGGCAGGAGGCAAAAAGUUUUUGAAUCCCUCAAACUAUUUUUACCAAAUCUUAGGCCAGAGGAGUACGUUCUUUUCCUUGCUAUCGCAGAGCUGCAAUCAACGUUUGACGCUGCAUUCAACAGCCGAGGAAAUGGAAAUAUUUAUUGGCCUAAAUCUUAUUGCGAGUGACAUUGGUCUACUGGAAUUGGCGGACUACUGGAACCCCGAUUUAUACUACGGUUUUACGGGAUUCCAAGAUAAGAUGAGUUUGACGAGAUUUCAAGAACUAAUGCAGGCCCUCAACUUUGAUCUCUUUGGCAAAAAGAAAAAUGGAGAAGAAGUAGGUGAUGCUAAUCCAUUGAUAGAAUACUUUAACAAGAUUAUGUCAGAGUUGUAUACAUGUGGGCAGCAGAUGGUGCUCAACGACCCAUUAAUCCUCUGGAAAGGAAAGUUCAAUUACUAUCAAGAUUUACCAGAAAAGUUUCGUGCCAACUCGUUAAUGCUUCACAUGUUGACCGAACAGAAUGGCUUGAUAAUAAAAAUCUUGCCAGAGAUUUUGUCCAAGUCCCAGGCAACCACUUGGAUGCGCAAUUCUCGUCAAUUGGUGGAACGCCGCAAUGAAUUGGCUUUAAAGCUAGUUCAGGAUUAUGGUGAGGAAGGGCGUACUUUGUAUGUGUCCAAGUUUUAUGGCAGUUUCGGCCUGGCCCAGGAGUUGGCCAAGAUAAAGACCUAUUGCACUGGUCUCCUGGACAGAAAUCGUUAUGGGAAUAGCAAAGCUUUGGUUCAUCAGCAACUGGAACCGAAUAGCAUUGGUACCAAAUAUGCCCAGGAACAACCUCUAAUGAUGGCCAAGUGGCGACGCCGGCAAAAGACUGUGUAUUUCUUUAGCUCCGACUGUCUAGCAAUCUAUGCCAAGGAGAUGUCUAUGCAGAAAAGUCAAGCCAAGCCGAAGCUUAUUCAGGAAUUGGAUUGGCAACUACGUCCGAACUUGCAGCAGAGCCGUAAUCAACUAAUUCGCUAUCAACCUGGUUGGACUUCGCAUCAGUGGGAUAGGAAAUUGUUAAUUUUUUUAAUUAAUCUAAUGGUCCACAAUUCAUAUCUAUUGUACGUUGCUCAUGGGCAAUCUAUGCGAGAAGGGGCCAAGACCUAUAAGGAAUUUCGUGUGGCUAUUAUAAAAUCGCUACUAAAAGAAGUACAAGGAACAGCAGCCACUUCUGUCCAAGAAAAAGCAAAGGAUCCUAUAUCAUCAAAUAAGACGGGGGACAAAAAAAGGAAGCUAGUAUCACCUGAAAUGAGCAGCCGACACGAAAUGAUUCCUAUUGAGCAACAUGGCAAACCGGCACGAAAGAAUUGUCGGCAUUGUCACAAAGGUGGAAUGCUGCAGUUUACCAAAUUCAUGUGCAACUCGUGUCCAGACAAGCCAGGUCUAUGCCCAGAGCCUUGCUUUCAAUUGUGGCACGACCAAAGUGUUAAAAAAUGAAUAUGUUUUCAAUAAA